AUGAAUAAAACACCAAACAAGUCACCAGCAAAGAACACACCGACCAGGUCACCAACCUCGAUCAAGACACCGACAAACUCAAUGACUAAGAACACACCGACCAAGAAUACACCGACCAAGAACACACCGAACUCGUUGAUCAACAGCACACCAUCAUCGACAGAAUCAACCAAACAGCGUUCUUCCAAGUCUCAUUCUGGCAUUCAAACUGACAAACCAAUAAUACCAACAACACCAGCAACACCAAMAACACCAACAACAUCAWCAACAACAACAACAACUACACUUCAAACCCAAGCUCAUGGAUAUCCAACCACACCAGCGUCUGGACAUAAACGAAAUAAAGAUCAUUUAAAGAGCAACGGAUCAUCACCAGAAGAUGCACGCGAUAAAUACAAUGCAUCUCUUUCAAAGGAUGCAACCAAAAAGAGGUUCAAGAAGAGGCAACGCAAGACAUUGACUUUGAUCGAGGAAGGGUACUAUCUUAAAGUUGGCAAAGACAGCGGCGAGUGCAAAGGAUGUGGCCACAUAUACACUGGUGGCAGUACAGGCAAUGGAACUAAACACCUUGCAUCCAACUUAAAGUGCUGGAGCGCGAGGGAAUGGAGAUUCGCUGAUCCAGRAAGACUUCUUCCCGAGGACAAGGCUGAAUCAAAGAUCACCGACCAUCUCGUGAAUAGACCUAAACUUCCAUCAUCACAAGACGUUAAGAAUGAGCUGGUAGGAUUAGUCACAUCCAGCAACAGUAGCUUUAGGCUGGUCGAGAAUCCCAAUCUCCAGAAUUUGUUGAAGAUGAUCCAAACAUCAGAUCAUACUAACGUAGUGAUCAACGAGAAGAAUAUCAAGUUAGCGAUUUUAUUACAUCAUUGGGUCCAAGGGGAGGUGGAACACAAAAUUGAUUGCUUGCGC